GGGCUUUCUUACGUGUAUUUCCAGACUCGUCUCUCUCUUUCUUCUACCCUCCUCCUUACCUUUUAAUUCCCCCGUCAACUCCUACUGAUAUACUUGCAAUGCAAAAUACACCUACUGUCUGAAAGCAAAAGUUAAUUAUUCAUACGCCAACCUUUUCUUCUCAUUCUUCACAAACACUUGUACACAGAACAAGGGAAGUGAAAUGGGUGUGGACUAUUACAAAAUCUUGCAGGUGGAUAAAAGUGCGAAGGAUGAAGAUUUAAAGAAAGCUUAUAGAAAGCUGGCGAUGAAAUGGCAUCCUGACAAGAACCCCAACAACAAGAAGGAAGCUGAGGCCAAAUUCAAACAGAUUUCAGAAGCCUAUGAGGUAUUAAGCGAUCCUGAAAAGAGGGCCAUCUAUGAUCAGUAUGGGGAAGAAGGCCUAAAAGGGCAAGUGCCGCCACCUGGUGCUGGUGGGCCUGGCGGGGCGACGUUCUUCCAGACUGGAGAUGGACCAAAUGUGUUCAGAUUCAAUCCCAGAAAUGCAAAUGAUAUUUUUGAUGAAGCUUUCGGUCCGACGUCCUUCCAGACUGGAGAUGGACCAAAUGUGUUCAGAUUCAAUCCCAGAAAUACAAAUGAUAUUUUUGAUGAAUUUUUCGGUUUUUCGACUCCAUUUGGUGGGAUGGGAGGUGCUGUUGGCAUGAAUGGUGGUGGUACAAGGUUUCCUAGUUCAAUGUUUGGAGAUGAUAUAUUUAGUUCAUUUGGAGAGGGUAGAACCAUGAAUUCGGUUCCUAGGAAAGCACCGCCAAUCGAGCAAAAUUUGCCUUGCAGUCUCGAAGAGCUUUACAAGGGAACUACCAAGAAGAUGAAGAUUUCAAGAGAAAUAGCUGAUGCAAGUGGGAAGACGUUACCAGUACAGGAGAUUCUGACCAUUGACAUCAGGCCUGGAUGGAAGAAAGGAACUAAGAUUACAUUUCCAGAGAAGGGGAAUGAACAACCAAAUGUUAUUCCUUCAGAUCUGGUAUUCAUAAUUGAUGAAAAACCACACAGUGUGUUCAAAAGAGAUGGCAAUGAUCUUGUUGUCACACAGAAGAUAUCACUUGCUGAAGCAUUGACGGGGUACACAGUCCAUCUUACGACGUUGGAUGGGAGGAAAUUAACUGUACCUAUCAACGCUCCCAUUCAUCCUGAUUAUGAAGAAGUCGUCCCAAGAGAAGGGAUGCCUAUUCGCCAAGAGCCCUCAAAGAGGGGUAAUCUCAGGAUCAAGUUCAACAUCAAGUUCCCAACCGGGUUGACGGCUGAGCAAAAGUCGGGAAUCAAGAAGUUGCUUUCUCCUUGAGAUUGCGCUCCACAUCUUCCUUUUGUCCAUUCUUCCUACCCCUGCCCUUCUCUCUUUGUACCUUUGUAUGAUUGCAUUGCUUGCACGCUCCACUCGAGUUAAAAAGCAAAAUGCAAUGUAUGAGGCAGAAGAUAGUGUAAUAUAUCUAUCGGGUUUUUGGUAUCUUUCUUAGCGGUAGUUUGAAAGGGUCGCGAGCUACCUAGUACUGCAACAAACCUUGUAUUGAAAGGGGAAGACAAUUUUAGGGUCAUAGAUGAUGCCUUGAUGUUAUGCACAAAGAAUGUGUACAUGAGGUGAUGACAGUCGACAGGUUAAAAGUGUAAAAUGAGAGUCAAUCAUUGGCUAGUUUUCUUGCUCUGGGGCUUUCAAAUUCUGCUGGUUGGAAGGGGGAACUACUAAAUGUGCGUGUAUGGUGCCACCUGAUUGCUAGCUUUCA